GUUGAUUCACUCUUCUGAACGGCUGCACGGCUGGGAGAAAAUCACAAUUUUAUAAACCGUAAAUUGAGCUACUGAUAUCAAUUUGUUUUUGUGAAAUCAAAAAUUUCACUUUCGACUUUAAAUAUUGAAAUAAAUUUUAAAUUAUUCAAAUGUGAAAGCAAAAGUGACUGCAUCUAUUGUGCUUAUGCUCGUUGUGUAUCGAGUGAGGUGAUUUAACAGGGAGCCUAAUUAGCAAUUCAUACUCCCAAAAAAAAUAUUGUCAUUUCAAUCGUCGAAAUUAAUGGUCUCAAAAUAUUCAUUGAAAUUUAUUCUGUCCAGUGUUGAUCGUUCAUUUGGCUGUUGUGACGAAGAGAAAUAAAUUGUCAAAUUAAAAUCGGAGUUGUGUGUUUUUUAAUGAGUUUUUCCACGAAACAUAUCUAUUUUAUGAGUAAGUUAUAGGUGUAUCGAGUAUGUGGCAGCCAGUAAAUAGCAAAUACGGCGUGGCAAUACACAAUUGGCAAGGAAAUGUUCAGCACGGCAUUGAAUUAGACGUGGGGGAUUCGGUGGAAAUUCUCGAAGAAUGUGCGCAAUGGUAUCGCGGUACAAGCUCCCGCAGGCCACGUUCCGUUGGCAUAUUUCCAAAAUCUUAUGUUCGACUAAAAGAUCCAACAAAAACCGACCCAGUCGUUGCCGAAUGUACGCAAGUUCUUCGAGAAUGGUCGGAAAUAUGGAAAAAACUUUAUGUGAACCGUGAUUGGUACAAGUUUUCAAUUCUUCGGAAGGCGAUGCUUUCAUUACUAGAGCUUCGGCGUGAACUAUUAAGUGCAACACUUACCCAAGAUCAAACAUUGGAAUUACGUCUUCAGGUCACUUCGAAAAUUGACUGGGGUAACAGGAAACUUUGCCUCGAUCUAGUACCACGAAUCGGACCAUUAGCUGUGAAUCCAUAUGAGAUUAGUAUUUCAUCGUUACAUCACGUUCAUGUCAGCUCAUCUGAAAAUGCUAAAGCAAGCUCUAGUCGCGGAACAUUGCGUCGAAAAAGUGGAAAAAAGCUGUUAUCCCAUCAUCUUUAUUUUUGCAUGCGAGAUUUUGGCUAUUCAAUUGGAGAUGACGCAGAGGUGUUCUUUUAUCUGUACGAUGCAAGUCCUGGAGCUAUGCGCCAAAUUUCUGAGCGAUUUUCUGUACCUAUUCCCAAGGACGGCUAUGCACACUUCAACGAAAAACUACAUUCGAACUGUUGUGUAUUCACUGACCUAGGUGCUACCGAGAUAAAUUCUGAUCUUUAUUUGGUGACUAAUGUGGUACGAGCGGGGAAAAUGCUUCAAGAAUCAUUGAAAAAAAAUGAGAAAUCAAGUUCAACGCAAAUGUUUCGGCGUCCGUUUGGCGUUGGAGUUUUACCAUUGUCACUUCUCCUUAGUUCGGGCAGUGCGGAGAAUUUGAUCGAAGCUGAAGAAAAAGAUCACAGUUUUCGGCUGUUUCAAUGCGAGGAAAAAGAUUUUUAUCAGCUUCAUGAAAUGCUCAUCAAGAAAACGUCUGGCAAAUACUCACCAAUCAAUGGAAGCGGAAGUGGAAAUUCAUAUGGAAUCGGAGUCUCAGUCAAAAUGCUUCAUGGGGAAUUGCUUCAAGCAAAACAGGAACAACCACUUCUGUUUCAGGGAGCGGUAAUUACACGAAAAAUUGGAUUCCCGGACAUAAUUAUGCCCGGCGAUGUACGUAAUGAUUUGUUUUUAGCAAUAGACCGCGGUGAAUUUGAACGAGCUGGCAAGAGCACUGCAAAGAAUAUUGAAGUUCUUGUGAGUAUCAUUGAUUCGAAUGGUAAACUUAUACCAGACUGUUUUUGGGGCGCAUCCGGGAUUGAAAAUGCCAAAAAUCAAUUCAGGUCUAUGAUUUUGUACCAUAACAACUCACCUGCAUGGAAUGAGACGAUUCGAUUGAACUUACCGAUCGAAAAAUUCUCAACCGCUCACGUUCGUUUUGAGUUUCGACACUGCUCAACCAAAGAAAAGUCUGAGCCGAAACUCUUUGCAUUUAGUUUUGCACGUUUGAUGGAACCAAGUGGCGCAGCCUUAGCUGAUGGCCUGCAUGAGCUGUAUGUGUAUAAGUGUGAAGAUCCGUCAAAAUUAACCAAAGUCCCGUAUUUAACUCUGCGAUGCUCUGCUUUUGAUGAUCAGGGCAUAUUAGAUCAAACAGCUACUUUCCACAGAACAUCCAAGGAGUGCAUGUACAUUCGAUCACAUCUCAUUUCGACAAAGUUGACACAAAAUGCUGAUAUUUUAUCCAUACUGCAGUGGAAAGCACAUCCGGAACGUAUCAAAGAAGCAUUGUCACGUGUUUUGACACUACGCGAUGAAGAAUUAGUGAAAUUUCUUCAGGAUGUUUUGGACGCACUGUUCGCCAUUUUUUCAGAUGAGGAUGGAAACAGUACGGAGCACUCAGGGACUGUAUUUCAAGUUUUGGUUAGCAUAUUUAGUUUACUUCAAAGCUCAAAAUUCGAACACUUCAAACCGGUAAUGGACGAGUAUAUAGAUAAUCAUUUUGCGGCUGCAUUAGUUUACAAAGGACUCAUCACUUCCGUACAACAUUUGGCUGACUGCAUGACAACGGCAGAACAAUCUUCCGAGCCAAUCCCAAAAUACUUUGAUUCAUUGGAGUACGUAAUCAAACUAAUAAUACAGUCGAGAAAACUAUUUAAGGCACAAGCGACUGGUGGUCAAUAUGAGGACUCGUUUCGACAAGAUUUAUACAACCUGUUCAACGCACUCAGUCGCAUGCUAUCUGUGCCAACCAACGAAGCCAUUAUAGCUCCACAAGAAGCCCUUUUACGCACAAUUGGUGUCGUCGUCGAACAAUUACAAGGCAUACUUUCAGCACCAGACAUAGGGACGUUGACACGUGGCAUAUUUGAUGCCGUUGGUCGUGAUGCAUCUCCUCGUCUGAUUCAAGCCAAACUACUGGCUAUAAAAGAUCUGGUUAGUGGACGCUUAUUCCAAGAUGAGGUAUCUCGUUCGAUUAUUUUGGCCGUCACAACCAAGCACCUUCGGAUUCACCUGUCGCGUCGAAACGAAUUGAAACUUUGUGCCGAUAUUUUGUCGGAAGUGUUAAACUUUUUGUUCAGAUUGUCGAAAGAAAAUGCUGAAAAACCAUCAAACUACCUUGCGCAUGAUCUGAAUUCAUUAUGCCGAAAUAUUCUGGAUAUCUUGAUGCAAACAAUUAUUAUAAUUAUCGAAGCAUCACCACCGGUUUUAUCAUCAUUGGUUGCCGUACUGCUCGGGCUAUUGCAACAAUUGGACGAAUCUCAUUAUACAUAUCUGUUCGAAGAGCUUGAAGCAAGCGGCGAAUUAAAGGGAUUUCUACAUAAAUGUUUGCUUGUGCUGAAGGAACUUGUUCACUUGGACUGGCAAGUGUUUCCAUCCGAUUGGAUUGUAAUGAAAUUGGUGGCUAACAAUAUUAUCAGAAAAGCGCUGGAAGAAUUUGCAAAACCGUUAGUCUACCGUUAUCUGGAUGACAACACAUUCGAUUCCCAACUUUGGUGGGCAUAUUUUAGCUUAGCCACGGUUUUCACAACACAGCCAUGUCUGCAAUUGGAAAAAUAUAGUGAAACCAAGCAAAGAAAAAUUCUAAAUGAAUUUGGCGAUAUGCGAGUCAUGAUGGGAUUUCAAAUACUGAGCAUGUGGACACAUCUCAAUGAAAAUAAACUACAUUUCAUCCCGACUAUGGUUGGUCCAUUUUUAGAAAUUACAUUAGUGCCAGAGCUAUCACUGCGCAAGGCAACUCUAACAGUAUUUUACGAUAUGAUAGAGUGUGAACAAUCUGCACGCGGAUCAUUUCGAUUGAUUGAGAGUGAACUAAUUGACAAAUUGGAUUCGUUAAUCAAUGAAAAUAAAGGUGAUGAUGAAUACAGAGAACUAUUCAGUACCAUUAUUUUGGAGCGAUUGGAAACAGAAAAUCCACCGUGGUGUGGGGCCGGUGAAGUGUUUAUAAAAUCAGUGACAAAACUGUUGGAACGAUUGCUGGAUUAUAGAAAUGUCAUGCAAGGAGAUGAAAAUAGGGACAAACGAAUGAGUUGCACUGUGAAUUUAUUGAACUUCUAUAAGAGUGAGAUCGAUCGAAAGGAGAUGUAUUUACGGUACAUCUAUAAGCUAUAUGACUUACAUUUGCAAGCAGAGAACUAUACUGAAGCAGGUUUUACAUUGAAACUGUAUGCGGAUAUGCUAAGCUGGAGUAAGGAGACACUAACAUUUGCUCCGGAUGAUACAGUUGGUCAACAAGAAUGGGAACGAAAAGAAAAUCUUUACAUAGAAAUUUUGAAGAAUUUUGACAAAGGCAAAUCUUGGGAGAAAGGAAUCCCACUCUGCAAGGAAUUGGCAGAGUUUUAUGAGACGAAGCGAUUCGAUUUUGUGGCUUUGAGUAAUAUAUUGAACUUACAAGCAAAGUUUUUCCAGAACAUCUUAACUCAGAUACGCCCUGAACCAGAAUAUUUUCGGGUUGGAUUUUAUGGAAUGGGAUUCCCCUUGUUUGUGCGAAAUAAACAGUUCAUUUAUCGUGGUUUGGAAUACGAAAGGAUUGGCGCAUUCACUCAAAGGCUACAGAUUGAGUUUCCCCAAGCGCAGAUUUUAACGAAGAACACACCACCAGAGAAAUACUACUUUGAGGACAAAUGUCAAUAUAUUCAAAUCAGUAAUGUCCGCCCGAUUCCGGAUCACCCAUUAUUCAAAAAUACGAUGUUCCCUGUACCUGAAAAGGUCGCCAAAUUUUAUCAUGUCAAUGAUGUCAAACGUUUUCAACACGAUAGGCCGGUGUAUAAGGGUCAAGCUGAUAAAGAUAAAGACAACGAAUUCAGCCGAUUGUGGAUCGAGCGCACUCUACUUGACAUUUCAGAGCCGCUACCAAACAUCCUUCGUUGGUUCGAGAUCGUAGACAGGUCUUUUCAAGAGCUCACACCAGUCGAGUUUGCUUGUGAAACAAUGGAGAAUGUGGCAAAAGAGCUUCAUGAGCUUAUCGAGCAAUAUCGUGCCGAUCCAAAACGCAACAUUAAUCCGUUUUCAAUGCGGCUGCAGGGAUUGAUAGACGCGAAUGUGAUGGGCGGGAUAAGUAAAUAUCAGGAUGCAUUUUUCACGGAAGAGUUUCGGCAAUCUGCUGAGGGCAAGUCACAACAGGCAAAUGUGCAACGCCUAAAACAAUUGAUGCUGAAGCAGGUACAAAUUCUGGAAACGGCUCUAGCAUUACAUGGAAACUUGGCACCUGAAGGCGUACAACCAUUACACAAACGGCUUCUGGAACGUUUUACUCAAAUGAAACACAGUAUAAAUGGCAUGGACAAAAUUAAACGUCAUUUUUCGGAGAGUAUAGUUAAUACACCUCUGCCACCGCUACCGAUUGAAAAACGUUCGAUGAGCGUUAGCAACCAACCACGAUCUGCUACAAAUAGCCAUGAUUUAACCGAUGACAUAAUUGAUGAUCAUUCAAACUAUCACAUGAUGAACUUUGAAAAAGAAGAAAUUUAUACCAGACCAUCGAAACUUAAUGGAAAUCACGAGAUUAAACCGCAGUCAAUUCAACGAUGUAUCUCCAGCCGUGAUCAAAGCAUUUUGACUAGGAGUGAUAGCUCUUCAGCACCUCCGGUUCCGAUUCGCCCAAAAUCGGCUGGGUAUGGGAAUUAUGAUAGCCCCGAAAUUCCUCCAAAAUCCACCACUCAAGCACCUCCUUUGCCUCCACGAGGCGUAACACCAGACAAACGAAUAUCGAAUCCACUGCUGAAUUAUUGCAGCAUUGAUUAUCAAGAAAAUGACCUGCAUUCGGCAAGCAUGAUAAAGUCACCACUGCAAAAGUAUUCUGUUGUCAAUAUUCCGUUAGAAGAUCAAGCUGAAGCCGAUCAUGAUCAUUUUAAUCUAGCGAAUGUAAACUGCUCUGAACAAAUUGAAUACCGUGAUUCGGGUAUUUCAACCGCGUCUCAUGAUUUGAACUACGCAUUCAUUUGUAGUGAUGCUACACGAGCUAUUGGCAGCGCCAGCGGCCAGCACGUGAAUAUUGGAGAAGACAUACAGCACGUGAAUAUUGCAAUGUGGCAGACAGACAUGAAUGCAAACGAUAAAGAAGAUGAAUCAAAAAGAAAUCCACCGCCAAUACCACGAAAGAUGACCAGCUCCAUGAAUUAUGGAAUGAAUCACAGCAAUUCUGAUCUAUUCAAAGAAGAAAGCCUUGACCAUAUUGGUAAUGGCGAUGAACCAAAAAUUGAUGAUUAUUGCAUGCCAAAAAUUUCAAAUGCAAAUAACCAUUAGGUUUUAAGUGCGAUAGGCUCAAUUAUUUCUAUAAACCAAAUUUUUUUACAUAUUUUAAAUGUCAAUUUUUAAACACAAAAAAUAUUAUAACGAAGUGGCAAUAUCUAUUCUAAUCAUUUGAUAAAAUAUACAAGAAAUUGAAAUUGUGUCAUAUAUUGUAUUUGCUCAGCUCAGGCAAUAAGUAACUGUAGUUUACGAAUAAAUUGUCAUAGUACUCCAUUGGAAUAUGCGUCAUACAGAUAUGUCAUAACAGAAAGAUAUACGAACAGCAGAACUAGUUAUAAAUGUUCAUCACAUAUGGUCGCGGCCACGUAAGACGAAACCACGGAAAAAAAGUUAAAAGUGACAAAAAUGGUCUUAAAGUUAUUAGAUUGCUAUGAAAUUUUGCACCAAACUAUUAUUUCAUAAACUCAAUAUAUUCUGAGAAUUUCAUGGAAUUUGUAUUAUUUUUUCUUAUCAAAAUUGCCAAAUUUGCGAUUUUUUUUUGUCAUUUUUCGACUUUUUGUGGACUCUUUUUCGAGGGCGUAAAUUUCUAUCAAAAAUGUACAAAAUCAGUAGGUUAAAAACAUAUUCUUAUAGAAAAAGGUUCAAGGACGUUUUGUGUAACGUUACUGACGUCACUUUAACGUCUGUAGAUCCACCAAAAAUAUGUUUUUCAGCGUAAUCACCAUUUCUAUCGUUUCUUUGAUCCUUUAUCUUGAAAAUCUUGGUUAUGGCCCGAAAAAUAAAUCGCUAGAUUCGCUAAUUUUUUUGAAAAUAUAAAGCAACCUCGAAAAUCACUUCCAAAAUUAUGUAACGUUACUGACAACUUUGAACACUUAUAACUCCGUAAUCACAAGUGAUAGACAAAACUUUAAGCCAUUGAAUUAUUAGUCUUGGGAAGCUCUAUCGUAUGCAAUAGAAAAACUAUGAGUCUUAUUUAUUUUUUGAAGAGAUAUGAGCAAAAAUGUGCAAAAAAACGUGACGUUACUGACGAUGGCCGUGACCAUAUGCUGUUUGUCGUAUUUUUAAAUAGAUCUUUUGUCACUUUACCCUAAUGGCAUUAGGCUAAUGCAUAUUUCAAAUGGAUUGCAACGAUUUAUUUUUUUCAUUUUAACAAAGAAGAUUUGCGUUUUUAUAUCGAAUUUUAUACAGUUCAAGUCCAAGCCAUGUUAUUCAUAUCACAUUUGUGUUUAUGUUUUCUCUCUCUAUUGUUUAAAUAAUGUGAGCUAGAAUAAAUCUAUUGGUGACACUGUUGGGAAAGUAUAUUUUAUUCAGCCCGUUUUCUUACGUAAAAAAUAUUCUUGCGUGGGAAAAGGUAAUAUACAAAACUGAACUAUAUUCGGUAACGUUUAAAGAACACAAGUUGAAACAAAAACGUAGGCUGAAAAAUCAUGCUCACAGUCUCACUCAUAGAAAUAUUCCUUGAUAUUUUUUGUAUUCGCAUACCUUGCCAAUUCGAAAAGAAACGGACAAGUAUUAUUAAACGAUUUUUGUGAUUUGCUUUGUAUUAUUGUUUUGAAUUAUAUGUAAUAUGAACAACGAAUAUAAUAAUCAUACAUACUAUGUAUUUCAAUAUAAAA